AAAGUUCCCCCAUUCAGCCACAAUAUUCAGAUUCAUCAUUCGCACCCUUAACCCUUAACUCCCAAACGCAAGCGUUUGUUGUCGCCUCGCCUCGCCACGCCGCAGCUCCGUUGCCAUCCCGCGCCGCCGCCCCGCCUCGUCUCCGGUACUGUUACAUAUUCUGAUUUUGUUCCCAUUACAUUUGCAGCCAAACUCAGAAACACAACAACAAAGGUUCCCAUUACAUUUACAGCAGCAGCAAAUCUUCUUCUUUGAUUUCCCUGCUCUCGUCUAAGAAUCUGGUAAAGUUCUUUGAUCUCGGAAUAAUACUUUCCGUUCCCGCCCUAAUUCGCACAAAUGAAAUCGGAGGAAUUGAGGGUAGAGUUCUGCUGAGUUUCAAAGAAACCCUCGGGGAAGUAACGUCACCUUCGAUUGCUCUCAUUCUGGUCCCUGCGUUCCUGAGUUUUAAAAGAAAAAUUGUUGCUAUUAAGUGAAAAUGGCGGCUCAGAGUUUUGGAUCGAAGUCCCUCAAGGAAUAUUUGAAACGGUACGAGACCAAUAACGAAGAGGAAAAGAAAAAGAAGAAGAAGAAGAGGCAGAAAGCUAAGCCAGAUGCCACGAGUGUUUUGGUCGUGGAUGAAGAUCCAGUUUGGCAAAAACCAGUAGUUCUUGAAGAAGAAAACGACAAUGAUUCAGCUGAUGAAGAGAAGCCUCAAGUUUAUGAAGAUAUUGAGGUUAAAAGAAUGAGGAGGCUUGAGCUGCUAAGGGCCAAACGUGGUUUAAAGUCGAUAUCAGAGGAUGGAAGUGGUUGGGUUACACUCUCUCCGAAAUGUUCGAAUAUAAAUAAUUCAAACUCUGAUUUAUCUCCACUGCGUAAAAGGACAUCCAGAAAUGACACUCCUUCACCAAAACGUGGAUUGAAGCCUUCAGCUUCUGGAGAAGGUAGUGAUUUGUCGCCACCAUGGCAGAGGGGCAGGCGGCAUCACACACCAUCCCCUGAAAUGGAUAUCGACUUUUCUUUAGCUCGUAAGCAAAGGGCCCAAAUUGACACGCAGUCAUCAGAACAUGGUGAAAAACCUAGAAAGGAGGAUAUGGAUUUCUCGCCCCCUAGGCGUGGAAGGGCUCGUAAUGGCACUCCUUCACCUGAACAUGAUGGAAAACCUGUCAAGGAAAAUUUGGAUUUAUUACCUCCUCGGCGUGGCAGGGCCCGAUAUGACACACCUUCACCUUCACCUUCACCUGAUAGAAAACCUAUAAAGGAAAAUCUGGAUUUGUCACCUCCUCGGCGUGGAAGGGCCCAAAACGACACACCUUCACCUGAACAUUAUAGCAGACCUGUUAACGAAGACGUCGAUUUGUCACCGCCUCGGCAACGACAGAAGCGCCACCAUACUCCGUCACCGGAACCUGAAAUGAAAUCCGAGCGCCCUUCUGUGGCUUGCAAUGAUAUUUCUCCUCCUCGCGGGGGUCGCCGUGAUUCUCCACAUCAAGCCAACUUGCGUGGCUCACUUGGUUCUGACCAUUCACCUCCAAGGAAAAAUAGAAAUGAUGAUCUUUCUCCACCAAGGAAAAAUAAGAAGGAAGUGUCUGUUUCAGAUACAAGAGAACAGCGAAAAACUGGUCUGAUUUCAGGUCCAGACAUCAGGGAAGAAAUUGUUAGAACUAAGAAGCAAGAUUUGUUGAGGUUCCAAGAUAUGGACCCUUCUAUAAGCGGUCGGGGUGCGGAACCUGUAUAUCGGGAUAAGAUAAGAGGGGAACGAAUAACAAAGGAGGAAUUUUUGAAAUCACAACGAAAAGUAGAAGAAAAGCCCAAGGAGAUUAAAUUGGAAUGGGGCAAAGGUUUGGCUCAGAAGCGGGAAGCUGAGGCUAGGCUGCAAGAACUAGAACUUGAGAAGGACAAACCGUUUGCACAGAGCAGAGAUGAUCCCGAACUCGACAAAAUGCUGAAAGAGAGAGUAAGAUGGGGUGACCCCAUGGCACAUUUAGUGAAGAGAAAGCAAUCUGAACCUGUGCUGCCUAAUUUGGGUGAUAGUGAAAAGAUGAAGGAAUCUGGAUUUAUCAUUCCUCAGGAUAUCCCAAAUCAUAGUUGGUUAAAAAGAGGAUUAGAUGCCGCACCAAAUCGCUAUGGUAUAAAACCAGGAAGACACUGGGACGGCGUUGAUCGUAGUAGUGGAUAUGAAAAAGAAUUAUUCAAAAGGAUGAACGAGAAACGAGCUACGGAAAGGGAAGCUUAUCUUUGGUCUGUCUCUGAUAUGUGAAUACAAAUUUACUUCUGUUCUCUUUGGUAGAUUUAUGGUGGCCGUCCUCAACAAGCAAGAUGUGUUAUUCUGUAAUCUGAAACCACUCAAAUUCAGAACUUUGGUGAGAUUGCGACCAAGCGGCUAAUUGAGUUGGAACCAAGAAUAUUGGACCUUAUAUAAUGUUAUUAUCAAUUAUAUGUGCAUCAGCAGGGAAAUGGGAUGAUUUUUUUAUUUUAUGUUUUUAAUGUAAUUUCUGAAUAUUAUGGCUUUAAUUUUGAGUCCAUAGUUUGUGGAAGCAGUAUGAUAU